GCGCUUCCGGGUUGUGCGGCGGCCGCAGCAUGAGGCGGGUGACGCUGUUCGUGAACGGCAGCGCCCGCAACGGCAAGGUCGUGGCUGUGUAUGGGACCCUCUCAGAUUUGCUCUCUGUGGCCAGUAACAAGCUUGGAAUAAAAGCCACCAGUGUUUACAACGGCAAAGGGGGACUCAUUGAUGACAUUGCUUUGAUUAGGGAUGAUGAUGUUCUGUUUGUCUGUGAAGGGGAGCCCUUCAUUGAUCCUCAGACUGAUGGGAGAGCUCAGGAGGAGCUGACAGGGUCCCACACAGACUGGCUGACACUCAAUGUGGGGGGCAGAUACUUCACCACCACAAGGAGCACUUUGGUUAACAAAGAACCUGACAGCAUGUUGGCCCACAUGUUUAAAGAUAAAGAUGCUUGGGGGAACAAGCAGGAUCAUAGAGGAGCAUUCCUAAUUGACCGCAGUCCCGAGUAUUUUGAGCCCAUUUUGAACUAUUUACGUCACGGACAGCUCAUUGUAAAUGAUGGCAUUAAUUUGCUAGGGGUCCUGGAGGAAGCCAGGUUUUUUGGCAUCGACUCGCUGAUCGAACACCUCGAAGUGGCCAUUAAGAAUUCCCAGCCGGCUGAGGAUCACUCUCCCAUCUCCCGGAAGGAGUUUGUCCGGUUCCUGCUGGCAACGCCCACCAAGUCCGAGCUGCGCUGUCAGGGCCUGAAUUUCAGCGGAGCGGAUCUUUCCCGCCUGGAUCUUCGCUACAUCAACUUCAAGAUGGCCAAUCUGAGCCGCUGCAACCUGGCCUACGCCAACCUGUGCUGUGCCAACCUGGAGAGGGCUGACCUGUCAGGCUCUGUGCUGGAUUUUGCCAACCUGCAGGGGGUGAAGAUGCUCUGCUCCAACGCCGAGGGAGCGUCCCUCAAAGGCUGCAACUUCGAGGACCCCUCAGGCCUGAAAGCUAAUCUGGAAGGUGCCAACCUGAAGGGAGUGGACAUGGAGGGCAGUCAGAUGACGGGAAUCAACCUGCGAGUGGCAACGCUGAAAAACGCCAAACUAAAGAACUGUAACCUCAGGGGAGCAACGCUGGCAGGAACUGACCUGGAAAAUUGUGACCUGUCGGGUUGUGACCUGCAGGAAGCCAAUUUGAGGGGCUCUAACGUGAAAGGAGCCAUCUUUGAAGAGAUGCUGACCCCCCUGCACAUGUCCCAGAGCGUCAGAUAGGGAAGAGAACCUCAACGAUGACGAGGAAGGAAUCGGAACGUUUGUCGUGACUUUCUUCACCUCCUCCCCUUCCUGAGUUAGAAGGAAUGGUUGUUUUAGACAACUUCCAUUUGCAGUAGUGCCUAAGUAGACUCUUCUUGAUCACUU